GCUCUGCUCCUCUAUGUUCACAUUAUUUGGUUCUUCACUUUCGCCCGCUUCAGUUAUAUUUUUCAUAUAAAACAUGAUGAGACUUUUUUGCUUUUCUCAGUUUUUAUGUCAGUUUUUGGCAGUGUUUUUGCUGACAUCGGAGUCGAGCCUCACCAAAGUUUCACCUCAGAGUCACUCAGUUGCUGGCAUCUUCAUGGCCAAUAAAGAAGGAACUUACACCUUGAACUUCACUGCAGCCAGAGCAACCUGCCUGUUUCUGAAUGUCACUAUGGCAACCAGAUCCCAGAUGGAGAGAGCAGUACAGCGUGGACUAGAGACGUGCAGAUAUGGCUGGAUAGCUGAACAGAUUGCAGUAGUGCCACGACUGACAUCCAACAACAACUGUGGAAAAGGCAAAACUGGAUUGGUGACGUGGUUUGCGCCAGCAGAUAAACCAUUUAAUGUCUUCUGCUUUAAUGAAUCAGAUUUUGAGGAAACUUUGAAAACAUCGACAACUGGCCCACAAUCCUCCAUGUCUUCUGCCACACUGACAACCUCAACCCUAUCCUCAAGAUUUACCAUACCUCCGGUCAGAUCGACACCUCCGGUCAGAUCGACUCCUUUAUUCAGAUCGACACCUCCGGUCAGAUCGACACCUCCGGUCAGAUCGACUCCUUUAUUCAGAUCGACACCUCCGGUCAGAUCGACACCUCCGGUCAGAUCGACACCUCCGGUCAGAUCAACUCCUUUAUUCAGAUCGACACUUCCGGUCAGAUCGACACCUCCGGUCAGAUCGACACCUUUAUUCAGAUCGACACCUCCGGUCAGAUCGACACCUCCGGUCAGAUCGACUCCUUUAUUCAGAUCGACACCUCCGGUCAGAUCGACACCUCCGGUCAGAUCGACACCUCCGGUCAGAUCGACUCCUUUAUUCAGAUCGACACCUCCGGUCAGAUCGACACCUCCGGUCAGAUCGACUCCUUUAUUCAGAUCGACACCUCCGGUCAGAUCGACUCCUUUAUUCAGAUCGACACCUCCGGUCAGAUCGACACCUCCGGUCAGAUCAACUCCUUUAGCCAGAUCGACACCUCCGGUCAGAUCAACAUCUUCAGUUAGAUCAACAAUCAAGCCAACCAGAAAGUCAACUAUAACUGAAUCCCCUGAGCAGACACCCUUAACUUCUGCUCCCCUGGUCCAGACAACACCUUCAACUAGGAUUUCCUCCUCCACUCCCUCUUCCCUUACCCCUUCCUCCACCCAUAUUGCUGCUCCUCUUCCUCACCUUAUCACCUCAAAACCAACUAUAGUCAGUGUUGCCUUUUCUACUUCCGGCCAUGCCUCCAACAUCUCUGUUUCCUCAGAGUCAGUGUCGUCACAGUCUGUGAGCUCUACAAAACCUUCUCUAGGGGUUGUACCUACUGCACUCAUCGUUGUUAGCAUCAUUAUCCUGCUCCUGACAGCAGCUGGUGCUGUGUGGUACUACACAUUGAAAAGGAAUAUUUGCACCUUUUGGUCUCAGGGGCAGCAGAGGGACGACAUCGAGACGAAGAUGUUGGAGCACACUGGCAGUGAGAUGGAGCUACACAGCCAGUGUGGAGCAGGGGAAGAUGAUGAUGAAGAAGAAGAAGAAUCAUACAGGAAGUACUCUAGUGAUAUCACGCUGUGUGUGGAUCCAGGUAUCAAAGCAAACUUCUCAGAUUAGCCUCAGCACAUUUCUUUAGGUGUUUUGUGGAAAUUAAUAGAAUGAUUAACAGCACUGAUAGACACCUAUGGCUGAAAGCUUCAGAAAUGCGGAUUGUUAUAUUAUCAAAGUAAUUGUAAAUAUGCUAAUGUAGUUCCUUUUUGUUCAGUUAUGAUGUUGUUGCACUGCAGGAUGAAUUUGGAAUCUAUCACAUGCCUCCCUGAUAGGUUUGUGUGACUUAAAGAUCUAAAGUGCAUGCAUGCUUUGGACAUUAUUGUACUUAUUGUGUCUUUUUCUAUAAAUGUACAGUUAUUGAGAUUAAAAACUGCAGCUCUCCAGUGUUUGGGUGCAUAUGCCUGUGAAUUUCCACGUUAUGUAUUUUUUUAAAAAUAAAUCUACCUACUUUUA